UGGUUUUGUCUAUAAAUACCACCACGAAGUUCAAGUUCAAACCAGCUCAAAUUAGAGCAACCCAAGCCUCCAAAUCCUUGCUAAACCUUCCCCUCAGCCUCCUAAAGCCUUCCCUAACAUCUUCUCCGCCCAAAAACCACCACAAAACACCCAACCGAGCUCAAGAAAUUCCGAAACUUUAAGCUCUCGGUUCUCCCUCAAAUCUCCAUCAAUUUUGUCGAACCAAGAGUCUAUUUUGCUUCGAAUUUCACCAGGAAGCUAUUCGUGCAAGAAUUUUGAAGUUUGGAAGUCUAGAUUUCAUUCUGCCAUUGUUGACCGGAAAAGCUUCACGGUGUUCAUCGUUUUGGCCAAACCAGAGACCUUUUCAGCUACCCACCUAUAACAUUGAGUUCCUGGGAGUGAGAGGAAGCUUUUCCAAUCGGUUUCCACCCUUAACUCCACCCUCUUGCCGGAGCUCCGCCGCCAACCACCACCUUCUCCGGCGAGCUCACCGGAAAACUGCUCAGAACUUGGAUUUUCUUGCAUAGUUCAAAUCCUUGUCUUCCAUAGGUUCCAUAUACAUAUUCGGUUCGGAAAAUUAACUUGGUUUGAUAGGGUUUCAAGAGACGAGAAGAUAAUCGAUCGGAGGAUUUUUCGAAGAAAGAAGAUAUGAAUUUCACGAACGCCGAGCUCCUGAAGGCCCGCGAGAGGAGAAUGGCUCGCUUUUCCCCAAAAUUCAACACUGAGGGCGACGCGAAAAAACGGGGCGGUGCUGAGAACCAAGCCGAGAGCACCAAAGCUCCCAAGAGGAGAAGAUUGGCCAAAACCUCCUCCGGCGCCGGCACAUCCAACCCUGGCGCUCAGCCCACCACUGCUGCUGCGCCUAAAGGCAAAAAUGUCGCUGAAGCCUCCGUCGCCGCAGCCACCGAGCCAACCGCCGUACCAGCUUCUACUCCUGCCUCCGCCGGUGCGACCGCUGCUGUUGCCGCUGAGUCCUCUGUUGGCGCCACAGCCGCCUCCGCCGGCGUUAACGCCACAAAAGCUGCUGCAUCUUCCGACACUCCUAUUGGAGAGAAGGAAAAAGAAAAUGAAACCCCAAAGUCUCCCCCUCGCCAAGAGGCGCCUCUUAGCCCGCCCUCAACACGUGAUGCGGGCUCCAUGCCUUCCCCGCCUCAUCAAGGGGAAAAAUCCUGUCCUGGCGCUGCCACUACCUCUGAAGCGGCUCAAAUUGAACAAGCCCCUGCUCCCGAGGUCGGUUCUUCAAGCUAUUAUAAUAUGCUCCCCAACGCCGUUGAACCCUCAGAAUUCUUACUUGCUGGUCUCAACCGUGACGUCAUAGAAAAAGAAGUUCUGAGUCGGGGCCUGAAUGACACCAAGGAGGAGACUCUUGCUUGCCUCCUACGCGCUGGAUGCAUAUUUGCUCACACGUUUGAGAAGUUCAAUGCCGCCAACGUUGAAGCUGAGCGGUUGAAGGCCGAAAGUGCGAAGCAUCAAGAAGCCGCCGCUGCUUGGGAAAAGCGUUUCGACAAACUGGCGACGCAGGCAGGAAAAGACAAAGUCUAUGCCGACAAGAUGAUUGGCACGGCGGGGAUUAAAAUCGGCGAGCUGGAGGAUCAGCUGGCGCUGAUGAAGGAAGAAGCAGAUGAGCUUGAUGCAAGCCUUCAAGCUUGCAAGAAGGAAAAAGAGCAAGCUGAGAAGGACUUGAUCGCCCGAGGCGAGGCGCUGAUUGCUAAGGAGUCAGAGCUUGCCAUACUGCACGCUGAGCUGGAGUUAGUGAAAAAGGCGUUGGCGGAGCAAGAGAAAAAAUCUGCGGAGUCCUUGGCCUUGGCGAAAUCUGACAUGGAGGCGGUGAUGCAGGCUACGUCCGAGGAGAUCAAGAAAGCGACCGAAACUCAUGCCGAGGCCCUCGCCACAAAAGAUGCUGAGAUUGUUUCCCAACUGGCAAAGAUCAAAAGUCUAGAGGACGAGCUGGCGACGGAGAAGGCCAAAGCCACUGAGGCGAGGGAACAAGCCGCUGACAUCGCCCUUGACAACCGCGAGCGCGGUUUCUACCUCGCCAAAGACCAGGCCCAACAUUUGUACCCGAACUUUGACUUUAGCGCCAUGGGAGUAAUGAAAGAGAUAACCGCCGCAGGACUGGUUGGUCCCGACGAUCCUCCCCUGAUUGACCAAAACCUCUGGACAGCGACUGAAGAAGAAGAGGAAGAGGAAGAAGAAGAACAGGAGAAAGAAAACAAUGAAUAAUGUAAUUUUUAACAUUACUUUUAUCUUUUACUGUCACCUUGUAGUGUACUUUUCCGCCAUUCGUAUAUGUUUAAGCAACCCUGCGCCAUAGCUUUUUAUAUCGCCGUUGGAUAUUUUGUAAGUCAUAUUGGAAUGCUUCCACCGAACACUUUUAGUCGCCGCCGCAUCGUCAUCACCAUCUUGCUUUAGCCUUAUAAGAAAUUAGUUUGACUUGCUCGCCACUAUUUUGCGGUAGGUCGCUACCCUCAUUUUUGGCGGUAGGUCGCAACCCUCUUGCGGUAGGUCGCGACCCUCUUGCGGUAGGUCGCCACCAUUUUGCGGUAGGUCGCUACCCUCAUUUUUGGCGGUAGGUCGCGACCCUUUAGCGGUAGGUCGCCAUCCUCUUGCGGUAGGUCGCGACCCUCUUGCGGUAGGUCGCCACCCUUAGCGUGAGGUCGCCACCCUUUUGGCGACUUUUGUGUGUCUAAACUGAGUCUUACAGGUCGCCACCCAUAGCGUUUGGUCGCCACCCUUUGGCAUGAGGUCACCACCCUAGCGGUAGGUCGCCACCCUUGGUGUGAUCGUCCCAUUUCGGGACUCAAAGUGCUUUGGGUUCCAAUGGCCAGUUGGAUUACCAAAGCGGUGCUCAGUAGAAUGGGCAACUUGUACCCCACACAUCGCCAAAGAAUCCGGUUGUUACGUGGGCUUUUCCGGGGCUAAUUUAGUUCAUCGUGAAACUUGUUUCACUUUGUAACUAAAUCGCGCCAUCAGGAGCUUGUCCCACCCAAUAACAAACCGCUUAUGGAAGAGUCUUCCAAGUUUCACAAAACUUUGAUGGUGUGCCUCAAUUCACGCACUCUUUCUCUUUGAUCCGAUUUGCUCCUCUCUGUCUGAAUCAAAACCAGUGAAGACAAUAUAACUUCUAAUACCAACUUCAAAAUAAGAAAAUUAGGAAAUACAACAACUGAGAAGGGAAUCAAAUGAAAGAUGGAGGAAAAGUUUGAAGGAAUUGGAAAAUUUGUUGGCCAGCGAUCUUAACCAUAGCAACGCUUUACUCGCCAAACUUCCAUGGCCAAAACAAAACGUGCCCACCAGAAUUCCGCCGCUGGAGUAAAACGUGCUUGAUUCCAACGCCAACGACAUUCUCUCGCCGUCGAACUCCAUCGCCAACAACACUAGCUCGCCGCCUACCUUCAAAACGUGCUCGCCAAAACCAACACGUGCUCGCC